CAGGUUCGCGAAGGCACGAGUAAAAUAUAGACGUUCAGAAGGGUUUUAUAGUAAAUUAAAGUGGCCGCUUGGCAAGGAAUCAGGAAUGGAUGCGGAAAUCCAGUCACUAACGACUUGGAAAUGCUUUAUUUGUACUGCAUUCGUCGCUCUUACAUUCAGAGCAUUGAUGGGCCACUACUACACAGUACACAGUAAUAGUCCAAAUUUUUUUGUCAGAUGCCAUGUAAAUGGUUGUCCUGCGACAUAUAGAAGGUACCAUUCGUUUUAUAAGCAUGUUGUGAGAAAUCAUAGUCAGGAAUACGAUGCCUUAAAUGAAGCAACGGUGUGUCAAAGUCUAAAUGGAAGCCUAUGUCAAUCCAUUUCUCGGACUGAACCAGUGCAUAGCAAUAGUGAUGAUGAAAACUUCAAUAUGAAUGAUAACGAAGGAGUUUCUUCUGACACUGGAAGUACUGAUUCUUUGCUGGAUUACAGUGAGGACAGUGAAAAUGAAAAUGAGUGUGGAAAUCCCCUUGCUGAGAACUUAGAUUUUCGUCAAAAUGAAGCUCUUUUUGUGUUAAAGGUGAAGGAAAGAAACCGUAUUACACAGGUGGCUCUUGAUAACAUUAUUGAGAGUACAUCCACAAUAAUGAAUAGUGCCUUGGAGCUUGUAAAGAAAAAUAUUAUUCAAGCCUGGGAAUCUCAUGAACCCGGACAUGAUUUUGCACAAACUAUUACUGACUUGUUUGGUAAAAUUCCAAGCCCUUUCUCAUCUUUGGGAACAAAUUAUUUACAAGCAUCAUAUAUAAAGAAACACCUAAACUAUGUUGAUACUAAAGAGAUUGUUUUGGGGAAAAAAAUCUCAAGAAAGAAUUCCAAGAAUAAAAGAUUGCUUAUUGAAAAGGAAGAGACUUUCCAGUAUAUACCACUAAUUGAGAGCCUUUGCCAAUUGUUAUCAAACAAAAAGAUAGCAAAAGUUGUUAUUCGGAAACCUAAUCAAUGUGCGGAGGACAUCUUCUAUGAUAUUUGUGACGGGAAAGUAUUUAAAUCUGAUCACUUUUUCACUGAACAUCCGGAUGCACUUCAAAUAAUAAUUUACCAUGAUGCUGUGGAAGUAUGUAAUAAGAACAGUUUCCUGACGUUAACAUUAUCCCCAAACAACACUACAUGAUACACAUCCCAACAAUGAUAAAGGAACUUGGACCCCUAAUUCGCCAUUCAUGUUUUGCCUUUGAGUCUGCACAUAACUACUUCAAGGAUAUAGCUCGUAAACAGAACUUUAAGAACCUCUCGAAGUCUUUAGCUGAGCGCUGUCAGUUCAAAGAAUGUGGAAAUUUUGCUGAUUUCAAUGAAUCUCCACAAUCACACCCACUGUUGACUUCUGAAAAAAUCUUUGGAUCAUUGACCUUGGCUAGUGGACAGCAAAAAAGAAAUUUGCGUCAAAAGUUAGAUGUUUCUGGCUUACUACCUUGCAUUCAACUUCAGAAUGUUUACAAGACUACUUGGGUGUCUUGCUAUGGGACAAAGUUUAAAAGUGGUGGUAUUUUUAUCUGCAGUGUCAAUGAAGAUUUGGUUAGACCAAACUUUGGAACCAUAUCUGUCAUCUGGAUAAUAAGUGACUUUAUCUACUUUGAAUUCACGGCAUUGGACACACUUUGUUUUAGUGAGAAAUUCCAGGCCUACCAUGUGAAGACCGCUGAAGAAGUUGAAACAAAGGUUUGUGCGUAUGAAAGCUUAGUGGACUUUAAUGUUCUUCACAAGCAUGAAGACAAUGAUGGAGAAAUGUAUGUGCCAGUCAAAUAUGACAUACUUGAUUUGAUGGAACAGCAUUUAAAAGGCGACAACCCACUUAAAUAUUAGACUGCAUGACUGGACGGUUGUUGGCAUGCAAAUUAAGAACAGUACCAUUAUGUACUAAGAUCUUACCAGGAGACAAGUUUCACAUGAUUUGAUAAUAUUGGUAUAUACCCCUUGUGUCCAAACUCAAAAGAUUGUAUUUACCUUGACAAUUAUACCAGCCCAAUUAUAGCACCUAUAUUAUUGGGUAAUGGGUUUCUUAUUCUAAG